GCUCAGACAGCACAGCAGACAGCAGAGCCACAGAGACGCCGCCACACAUUCAGCACCGGUAGACAUGGGCCAGAUCAUCAGCUGGAUCCGCGGGACACAGGACCAAGCGGGCCUGCAGGAUGUCUCCGUAGAGCAACAGGUGCCGCUUACUGGAUAUAAACGCAUUGAGUCUCAGCACGUCACACCCACCUCAACAUCUCAGGUCUCCUCAGCGAAACCUGCACAAUUUGAGAAAGGACCUAUGCAAUCCUCUGCUGCUGUUAAACCCGGCACCAGCCCUGCAACCCCAGCAGCUUCUUCAGUAGCUCCAUCUACUGUGGGAGCUGUAGGCGUUGGAGGCUCUACCACCACUCAGAAAGCACCUUCUCAAGUCACACCACAGGCCACAGUCUCUAAACCCACACCUGCGUCUUCUUCUAAAGUCCCAACUACGAGCUCCGCUACUGGACCGACAGGUGGAACAGGAGUGAAGCCCACAGAUCCUGUGAAAGACAAGGCCCAGAGUACAACUGUUCCUUCAUCCAAACCGGGACCUGCUAAAGUGGAUCCGGCUGUUGGGAAGCCCUCAGCCACUGCUGGUGCCCAAAAGCAAACAAGUGCCCAAAAGGUGCAAGUGGAAGUGGGUCCUCCAGGAACUAAAGUCAGUACGGAGGAUGUAGAUCCGUUUGAGGCCCUGUCUGGCACUUUACCAUCAUCAAAACCUCUUGCUCCUAAAGUCCCAACAUACACUGGACCAGAGGUCACAGAGCCAAAUGUAAAACCAGAGACUGGUGUUUUGUGUGGUGUGAGAGAUGACACACUUCCGCCCGGAUACAGAAAGGAAGACAUGGAAAAGAAAAAACCUACUGGAGUUCCUGAGAAGCCUAAAGAUGUUCCCAAGCCUAUGAGCACAGACGAUGCACUGGAGUCCCUCUCGGUUGGGUUUGUGUCUUCAGCUCCAACUGUUCCUAAGAAGACAGAUGUGAAAACUGAAACAAUAGGAGCAGUCGAUGUGCAAUCAGCUGGCAUCUCCAACUUUGCUCCCCCUCCACCCUAUCAGCCGAAACAACAGGCGACGUCUCAACCUGCUACUGUAACCAAGUCCCCCGCUCCUCCGGCUGACAAGAAAGCCAAACUAGAUAUCCACACACAACCCACUAAACCAAAGACAGAUGAGUCAGACAACUCCAUGUCGCUGGAUGCUCUCAGUGCUUUGGGCGACACACUGGGCGCUCCAGAACCACCCAAAAAAUUGCCUGAACUCAAACCUGGGCAGAUUGUUGAUGAGAAGAAACUGACAUCCGAGAAGGGUGUUCGUGUCGGGGAGAGAGACGACACACUCCCACCAGGUUACAGAUUCUCAGAGGAAGAGCUCAAGAAAUAUCCUGCUCCUAAAAAAGAGCCCUCACUGAACACAGAUGAUGCACUGGACAUGCUUUCUGAAGGUUUCACGACCCCUGCGGCAGCACCUGUUGUUAAGGCCCCCGUUCCUCCUGCACAGGAAAAGAAGAAACCUGAUGUGGUUUCUGAGAAGACCAAAGAUGUUCCUAAGGAAACAAAGAAGCCUGCUCCGGUUCCUGAGAAGACUAAAGACGUUCCCAAGGAAACAAAGAAGCCUGCUCCGGUUCCUGAGAAGACUAAAGACGUUCCCAAGGAAACAAAGAAGCCUGCUCCGGUUCCUGAGAAGACUAAAGACGUUCCCAAGCAGAAAGUGGAUGAAUCAUCAGCACUGGAUGCUCUGGCUGGUGAUUUCGUGGCUCCUCCAAAGUCCGCUUCUAAGAUUUCUUCGGCUGCUCCUGUCCCUCCAGGCCCUCCGCAAAAACCAGAGAUAGACGAGGACCCUUUCAGUGCUCUGGGUGACACACUGGGUCCAUCAGAACCACCAAAAAAACUGCCUGAACUCAAACCUGGGGACAUUGUUCAUGAGAAGGAACUGACAUCCGAAAAGGGUGUUCGUGUCGGGGAGAGAGACGACACACUCCCACCAGAUUACAGAUUCUCAGAGGAAGAGCUCAAGAAAUAUCCUGCUCCUGUUAAAGAGCCUUCUCUAGACACUGCUGAUGCUCUGGAUAUUCUGUCUGGUGAUUUUACCACCUCAACUGUCCCAUCUGCUGCCAAGACCCCUGUUUGUUCUUCCUCCAAGACUCCUGUUCAGCCUUCAGGUUCAGCUUCAGAUGCUUUAGAUGCUCUCGCUGGUGAUUUUGUCGCUCCUUCUUCUGCAUCUAAAGUUCAGUCUGCUGUCUCUGGCCCUCCACAAGCUGCCAGACAGUUAUCAGAAAGUACCUCAUCAGCUUUGGAUGCCCUCUCAGACACCCUGGGAGACAUAAAAGCAGCUCCUGAGCCUGCCCCUGUCCCGCCUAAAGCCAUCGUUAAGGAAAAGGAUAUAAAGGAGGAGAAAGUGAGUAAACCAGGUGAGAGAGAUGACACCCUUCCACCAGAUCAUAGGUUCAGAGAGGAAGGCCACAAGUCUUCUCCACAGGCAUCUGAAGCAGCAAAGCCGAAAGACGUCAAACCAAAGCAGACAUCAAUCGAUGACACAACGGCCCUUGACAUGCUGUCUAGUGAUUUUUCUACAGUACCGAGCAUUAAGCCCUCUGCACCUGAUGCCCAACACUUCACCCCUGAACCAACACCGCCAACCUUUAAGGCAUCAGGUCCAGUUUUGGAUCAGAUGGCAAGCAAAUUGAUUCCCAACCUGACCGACCCCAAAGCCAAAGACAGCAAACCAAAGGCAAUGGGGUUCAAACCAAAGUCUAAGCCAAAGAAACAGUCAGUACAAGAUUCUUCAGCCAUGGAUCAGCUGCCCGGUAAAGUGAGCUCAGAUGUGGUGCCUUCAUCUUCCACGAAGGGUGGAAACAGAUAGAUUGCAGAUUUCUCUGCGUCUCCUCAUCCCUAACACAAGAAACCAUUAAAGGGAGCUGCUCGGACAAGAAAUAUAUUUUAUGGUGGACACGGAAUAAAAUCAGAAAAAAAUAUAUAACUGCACAGAGACACUUCAACAUGUAUUUUUUCUCCUAAAGCAAAGCAAAAAUAAAUAUUUUGUCUCCUUGUGACUGAUAGAACACGUAUUUACGGAAAGCGCAUGUAUUCUAUUUUCCGUCAUCCAGUUUUGGUGUGGUGUUGUGAUAUAAUUUUUCCCACAGUAAAAAUAUUAUACCAUGUUCUAUUUUUUAUUUUAUCUUUAACUGGGGGUCUCUACAGUCUUCCAGUUCACAGACGUGACCGUCUAUUGCUGUUUGAGGAUCUAGUGAGACGCUAGCAGGUCAUGAAUUCAUCGUUUACAGUACAGGGAUUCCUGUAAGGAAUUGCAGAUUACGAUUAUGAUGCUGUUUUGAAUGCUGUUGUAUGUUUGAAUGGUUUAUGUGGGAGAUGUUUUUUUCUUUGUAGUUUGUUUCCUUAAGUGCAUUUACAAGGAUCCUCUUGAAAAUAACUGUACAAUUAUUUUGCUAACACUAAAUGAUCCAUUGGUCUGUUUAUCUUAAAAGCAAGGUUUUAAAUGUAUUUUUUAGAGCCACUAAUAAAUUCACAGGUGUUGCAUUAGAUUAGGUGGAAAAACUUUCUCUCGACUCAGUUGUGUUGGUUUAAGGGCAACCACAACAUUGCCAUUUUGUUUAACUUCAGGACUCGCUUUUUGACGCUUUAAAAUGCUCAAGUAGCAACAAAAAUGUAAACCGAACAGUGUCUUCCAUAUUUUAUUUGCUCAUAAAAUCUUCAACAGAUCGAGACAGGUUUUUUCUAGAGCGUUCAAUGAUGUUGUGUACUAUCGAUUGUGGCAGGAUGGUAUUUUCAAGAAGAGAUUUUUACUUAAAAAAGAAAUAAAAUGAAACUAAUAAAAACCAUAAGCCCCUUUUGUUGGUUUUGUUAGUUUGGAAAGUUCUGUUCUGCAAUAAAGAUGUAAUGAUGAUAGGG